GCGAGGAGGAUUUCCUCGCACUUUCUCUAGAAGCCGAAGAGAGAAGCGAGAGCAUCUCUCUCUUUUUUAGCUAACAGUUAUACAUAUAAUAGUAUUUUACCCAGCAUCCUUAGCUUGGGAUAGCAUCAAUGACUCUGAUAUUCAUCACCACAUCCCUAAUCUCCUUAUCCAUCUACUUUGUAUGGCACAAGGGUCUCGCUCUCGAACUUUCCUUCUUCGUCUUCUUCGAAACAAUCGAGCUCACCUUCCUCUUUUCAUACCACGUAAGAAUCCUCCAG